AUGAAGUUCUCCAGCGUUGUUUUCGCUGCCAGUGCUGCCACCAUGGCCUACGCUUACCCUAGUGGCCGUGAUGUUAUCCCCAACAAGCGUGAUGUGUCCAAGCGCGCCAACGGCUUUACCUGGGUCGGUGUCAGCGAGUCUGGUGCUGAGUUUGGCGAAGGCAACCUUCCCGGUACCCUCGGAACCGACUACACCUGGCCUGUGACUUCCAAGAUCCAGGUUCUUCGUGAUGCUGGCAUGAACAUCUUCCGUGUUCCCUUCCUCAUGGAGCGCCUGGUUCCUUCCAGCAUUACCGGAAGCCUCGACGCAACCUACCUGAAGGACUUGAAGGCUACCGUCGAGUUCAUCACCGACAGCGGUGCUUAUGCCGUCCUUGACCCCCACAACUACGGAAGAUACUCUGGAAGUGUCAUUUCCUCCACUGCCAACUUCAAGGCCUGGUGGAAGACCGUGGCUACCGAGUUUGCCUCCAACGAGAAGGUUAUCUUCGACACCAACAACGAGUACCACGAUAUGGACCAGACUCUGGUUCUCAACCUGAACCAGGCUGCCAUCGACGGUAUUCGUGCUGCCGGUGCCACGACCCAAUACAUUUUCGUUGAGGGCAAUGCCUGGACCGGUGCUUGGUCCUGGACUGAUAACAACGACAACAUGAAGGGCUUGACUGACACUCAGGACAAGAUUGUCUACGAGAUGCACCAGUACCUCGACUCCGACAGCUCCGGUACCUCGGAGACCUGUGUCAGCUCUACCAUUGGCAAGGAGCGCCUCACCGCGGCCACCGAGUGGCUAAAGACCAACAACAAGAAGGGUUUCAUUGGCGAGUUCGCCGGUGGUGUUAACUCUGACUGUGAGACUGCCGUCAAGGGCAUGCUCUCUUACAUGUCUGAUAACAGCGAUGUCUGGAUGGGCGCUGAAUGGUGGUCUGCUGGCCCCUGGUGGGGUAGCUACAUGUACAGCCUGGAGCCUACUUCUGGCCCUGCUUACUCGACCUACCUGCCCAUCCUGAAGGAGUACUUCGUGAGUAGCUCUGGCUCCUCAGCCUCAACCUCCACCACCACUGCUGCUGCCACCACCGCCGUGGCCAGCACUAGCACAACCACUUCUUCAUCCACCACCACUUCUGCCGCAGAGGCUAUCAGCACCCCCAACACACAGGCCCAAGUUUCUAGCCCAGCAACUGAAUCUUCCAGCUCUCUUGAUAGCUCCGCUAAGUCGGAUGCCACCACCGCCGCCGCAGCCCCCUCCUCGUCCUCUACCUCCGUCGCAUCCACCGCCGGCCCGACUACCCUUGUCAGCGUGCCUUCCACUACCCAAUCUGCUAGCACUAGCACUAAAACCGCCGCUACCGUUGGUACCGUUGCUCACUGGUACCAGUGCGGCGGAGCCAACUGGACCGGUGCUACUACUUGCGCCAGUGGCCUCACUUGUGUCAAGCAAAACGAGUACUACCACCAGUGCCUGUAG